UCUUUUAGCUAAUCAGCCACCUGUGCGCUUUGUUUUCACCCCUCCUGUGUCCUAGCAACCAUGGCCGAACGUUACAUCCCCGAGCACCGUCGCACCCAGUUCAAGGCCCGAAACCAGUUCAAGCCUGAUGAACUUCGUCGUCGCCGUGAGGAACAGCAGGUUGAAAUUCGCAAGCAGAAGAGAGAAGAGAACUUGGCCAAGAGAAGAGGUAUCCAGACCCGUGAUGGUGGAAUUGGUGUAGGCGGCGGUGUUGCCGCUGAGAGUGAUGAUGAGGCCAGCGCCAUCGAGAGUGAGCUUAACGUUGAGCUCCCGGAGAUGGUUAAGGGUGUCUUCUCCGAGCAGAUCGACCAGCAGAUCCAGGCUACCACCAAGUUCCGGAAGCUGCUUUCCAAGGAGCGCAACCCUCCUAUCGAGCGCGUCAUUGAGACUGGAGUCGUGAGCCGCUUCGUCGAGUUCCUUCGUUCUCCUCACACUCUUGUUCAGUUCGAAGCUGCUUGGGCUUUGACCAACAUUGCCUCUGGUUCCGCCCAGCAAACCCAGGUGGUCAUCGAGGCUGGCGCUGUGCCCAUCUUUGUCGAGCUCUUGAGCAGCCCCGAGCCCGAUGUGCGGGAGCAGGCCGUCUGGGCCCUUGGUAACAUUGCUGGUGACAGCCCUCAGUGCCGUGACUUCGUGCUGAACGCCGGUGCUCUCCGCCCCCUCCUUAACUUGAUCAACGAUGGUCGCAAGUUGAGCAUGCUUCGCAACGCUACCUGGACCCUGAGCAACUUCUGCCGUGGCAAGACCCCCCAGCCUGACUGGAACACCAUUGCCCCCGCCCUUCCCGUCCUUGCCAAGCUUAUCUACAUGCUUGAUGACGAAGUCCUGAUCGAUGCCUGCUGGGCUAUCUCUUACCUGUCCGAUGGCGCCAACGACAAGAUUCAGGCUGUCAUCGAGGCUGGCAUCCCCCGCCGCCUUGUCGAGCUCCUUAUGCACGCCUCGACCUCUGUUCAGACCCCUGCUCUUCGGUCCGUUGGAAACAUUGUGACCGGCGACGACGUCCAGACCCAGGUCAUCAUCAACUGCGGUGCUCUCCCCGCUCUUCUUUCCCUUCUGAGCUCCACCAAGGAUGGUAUUCGCAAGGAAGCUUGCUGGACCAUCUCCAACAUCACUGCUGGCAACUCCACCCAGAUCCAGGCUGUCGUCGAUGCUGGUAUCAUUCCUCCUCUCAUCAAUCUCCUCGCCAAUGGCGACUUCAAGACCCGCAAGGAAGCUUGCUGGGCUAUUUCCAACGCCACCUCCGGUGGUCUCCAGAAGCCUGAGCAGAUCCGCUACCUCGUCACGCAGGGAUGCAUCAAGCCUCUGUGCGAUCUCCUUGCUUGCCCUGACAACAAGAUCAUCCAGGUUGCGCUGGACGGCCUCGAGAACAUCCUCAAGGUUGGUGACAUGGACAAGGAAGCUGCUCAGGCUGGCGAUGCUCGCGUCAACCGCUACGCCCUGUUCAUCGAGGAGGCUGGUGGCAUGGAGAAGAUCCACGACUGCCAGAACAACGCCAACGAGGAGAUCUACAUGAAGGCGUACAACAUCAUCGAGAAGUACUUCUCUGACGAGGACGAGGCUGGUGAUAUCGAUGAGGUCGCUCCCCAGCAAACACAGACCGGAUUUGCCCUUGGCACGACGCAACAGCAGCCUGGCGGCUUCAACUUCGCCAACGGUGGUGGUGAUUCCAUGGACAUGUAAAGAACGGAUUAUCCGCACUCUUAAUCUGAACCUCCAACGAUCUGGUGUAUUCAUGUCAAGUUCAUGCCUUAUCGCUAGAUCUGUCACAUAUGGCGGCUGGAGGAGGCUGCGCUGUGGACCCCAAAACCUCCGAGUACGCGGAGACUCUGGGACUCUGAACCCUUUCGAUCGCUCUUGAUUCAAGUUCUUUGCUUCAAGAGUGCUUGAGGGAGAACUCGCUGCACCGCCACAAAUGUCCUCUUCUCAUUUCAAACC